UUGCGGUCGUUGGUGUGAAUACGUCAGGGGCCCUUGUGUUUCCGCAGUUCAUACAGCAUUAGCUGCAAAACAAGAAGGAUCGUGAAAAUGCCGCUGGAAAAUCUGGAAGAAGAGGGUUUGCCCAAAAACCCAGACCUGAGGAUAGCACAACUGAAGUUUUUGCUCACUUUAGAUGAACACCGACAAGAUGCCAAAGUUAAAACGGAACUCAUGGAAGCAAUCAAAGAAAACAAUAUGGCACCGUACUACGAGGCCCUCUGCAAAGAGCUGAAAUGGCAGGUGGACACGGAUCUGCUGAGCAAAAUGAAGAAGGCGAACGAGGAGGUGCAGAAACGCUUGGAUGAUGUUUUGGAGGACGCUGAAAAGAACCUCGGGGAGAGUGAAAUUCGAGAUGCUAUGAUGGCCAAAGCCGAAUAUCUCAUCCGUAUCGGCAAUAAGGAAGGAGCCCUAACUGCUUUCAGAAAAACCUAUGACAAGACUGUUGCCCUGGGACAUCGACUAGAUAUAGUGUUCUAUCUGCUUAGGAUCGGGUUAUUUUAUAUGGAUAGUGACCUUAUAACCCGGAACACUGAAAAGGCAAAAAGCCUCAUUGAAGAAGGUGGUGACUGGGAUCGAAGGAAUCGUCUGAAGGUGUACCAGGGUCUGUACUGUGUGGCCAUCAGAGACUUCAGACAGGCAGCUGAGCUCUUCUUGGAUACAGUGUCCACCUUCACCUCCUACGAGCUCAUGGACUACAAAACGUUUGUCACGUACACCGUGUACGUCAGCAUGAUCGCCCUGAAGCGGCCUGACCUCAGGGAAAAGGUGAUCAAAGGGGCGGAGAUCCUGGAGGUGCUGCACAGCCUGCCGGCCGUGCGCCAGUACCUGUUCUCACUGUACGAGUGCCGCUACUCUGUGUUCUUCCAGUCCCUGGCCGCUGUAGAACAGGAGAUGAAGAAGGACUGGCUUUUCGCUCCUCACUACCGCUACUACGUGCGAGAGAUGCGCAUCCUGGCCUACAGCCAGCUGCUGGAGUCCUACCGCUCACUGACCCUGGGCUACAUGGCAGAAGCCUUCGGCGUCAGCACAGAGUUCAUUGACCAGGAACUCUCGCGCUUCAUUGCAGCCGGGCGACUGCACUGCAAGAUUGAUAAAGUGAACGAGAUCGUGGAAACAAACAGGCCUGACAGCAAGAAUUGGCAGUACCAGGAAACUAUAAAGAAAGGAGAUCUGCUCCUGAACAGGGUCCAGAAACUGUCCAGGGUCAUCAACAUGUGAUCAAAACCUCUUCGUCCUUUGAGAUGCGAACGAGUGAAAUGUUAUGUUAGUUUGUCUGAACAUGUACUCUCCCAAUUAAGCAUUUAUAUGUAUAUAAUAAAUGUUCAUUUCACAAA